AUGGCUGCUGUAGAAUUAAUGCAAGAAGGUUCCGCCACAACCGAAGAAAAAACCGACUACUCUGAAGAUUUGGAUGAGGAGGAAGUUUUCUUUCAAGACAUAGAAAUGCUAACGGAGCAUAAUAUCGCACAAGAAGACAUAAUGUUAUUGAAAAAGAUGGGGAUUAAUACUAUCAAAGGGGCUCAAAUGGCGAUGCGACGAAAAUUAUUGCAAAUUAAGGGAUUCACUGAGGAAAAGGUUGAUAAAAUUAAAGAGGCGUGCUGUAGAAUAUCUUUAUCUUCUGGAUUUAUGACUGCUUUGGAGGUUUCCAAUCAAAGAAAGAUGGUUUUUAAGUUGAGCACUGGAAGCGACAAAUUAGAUAAAUUACUGGGUGGAGGAGUUGAAUCUAUGUCCAUUACUGAAGUUUUCGGCGAAUUUAGAACUGGUAAAACCCAGUUGUCUCAUACUUUAUGUGUAACAGCUCAAAUGCCUGGAAAAAAUGGUUAUAUUGGUGGCAAAGUUAUGUUUAUUGAUACCGAGCAUACCUUUCGUCCUGAGCGCUUAAAAACCAUAUCUGAUAGGUUUAAUUUGGACCAAACUGCUGUUAUGGAGAACAUUUUAUAUGCUAGAGCCUAUAAUUCAGAACACCAGUUUGAGUUGCUGAACAGUGUUGCAGCAAAAUUUCACGAAGAAGCGGGAAUAUUUAAACUCCUCAUUGUGGACUCAAUAAUGGCUCUAUUUCGCGUAGAUUUUAACGGUAUAGGUGAGUUGGCAGAUCGCCAAAACAAACUUGGCCAAAUGAUGUCGCGUCUUCAGAAAAUAAGUGAAGAAUUUAAUGUGGCUGUUUUUAUUACAAAUCAAAUCACUUCGGAAUUUAAUAAUAAUCAAAAUUUGUUGGAGGAAACUCAUAAACCUGUUGGAGGGAAUAUUUUGGCGCAUGCUUCCACAACUAGGAUUGCCUUAAAGAAGGGCAAAGGAAAUAAGAGGAUUGCAAAGGUUUACGAUAGUCCAGAUUUGGAGGAGUGCGAAAUUACUUAUAUUAUUACAAAUGGGGGUAUUGCUGAUAUAAAGGAAUAA